AUGUCAAAAACUAAACGCAUAUCAUACUCUGUUGCUGAAAAGCUUAAAGUUUUGCAAUAUGCAAAACAGAAUGGUUUUAAGACAGCCGAACACCACUUUGAUAUUGACCAUUCAAUGAUUUCUCGAAGAAAUGCACAAUAUCCUGAGGCCGAAGCUGAUUUGAAUGCAUGGAUCCUUGAAUAUCGACAAGAUGGAAUUGCUGUAAUCACUAAAGUUGCUAAAACUUAUAUGAAAGAACUUUUAAAAAAAAAUUUGCUGAUAUUUACCCAG